AUGGUGGACGAGGGUGAAAUGGAAGUGGGAGAGGAAGAGGGUCCAUCAGGCUUGGCGUCGAUUCAGCCUCUGGGCCAUCCGGAAAUAGCUCAGGAUGCGGUGAUCGGGCUUGGACGAUCGCGAGUGUCAUAUCCAUACAUACCCGAUCCCGAUCCGACUCCCGGACCCCCAACUUCACCACCUCCGGAGUCCUACCCUAUCUCCGUCUGCUCCAAUACUCACCUUGGACCGAACAUCACUCCUCUCGCCACCCUCCUCCUCUUACUCCUCCUCUUAUUCCUCAUGACACCUCCACCCUUCCAUCACUCUCCUACCCUACUUCCAUCUGCUCCGAUACUCACCUUCAGACCUGACACCUUUCCUCUCCUCCACUCCUCUCCCCGCUCCUCUCUUCUCUCUCCUCCCUCUGACCCUCUUCCACCACUGUCCCGUACCCCGUACUCGGACACCGCUCGUACCUUCGCUCCGAGAUUCCAUCAUACGACCUCAGACUUUGACUCCACCUCAGCUUAA